AUGGCUCGUUUAGAUCUCGAAUAUCCCAAAGAGGCCAUCAACACCGUCAAACGUGAAAAUGACCGCGGUGUUUAUGCCCUAAAGACAAUCCACCACAUCAUCAACACUUGCCAGAUCCUCCAUGUUUCUUUCAACACGCCCGCCCAAUCCUUCCCCGUCAUCCUCCCAAUGAUCGGCCAGAUGGGCUCAUUUGACCGGCCUAGCGCAGACAUUGGUGACCCUCUGGACCUCUAUCUUCACGGAUACGUGUCAAGCCGCAUCAUGAACUUGGGCCGCAGUGCUAGUGACGAGAAGGGCAUGCCCGUUUGCGUGGCUGCAUCGCAUGUUGAUGGGCUGGUUUUGGCUUUGUCUACCUUCCACCAUAGCUAUAACUAUCGCUCUACGGUACUCUUCGGUCACGCGGUCCUCGUAGAGGACGAGGAGGAGAGGAUGUAUGCCAUGGAGCUCAUCACGAAUAGUGUGGUGCCGGAUCGUUGGCGACACACCCGUCUCCCGCCGACCAAAGCUGAGCUUCAAAGCACUGGCAUACUCAAGGUUAAGAUUGCAUCAGGAAGUGCCAAAAUCAACACCGGUGGUCCCAGUGACGACAAAAAGGACAUGGAGGACGAGUCGAUCAAAGAUCAAGUCUGGACAGGCGUCUUACCUAUUCACGCAACCAUGGGUGAACCAGUGCCUGGUCCUUACAAUAGGGUUGAUGUGCCAGACCACAUCGCUGAAUUCUCCCAGGAUUUCAACGAGGACAAUCAACAGUAUGCGUUGAAUGCCGCAAGGGACCCCAAAAAGUAG